UUGACCCUCCCCGCUGUUCUGCCUUCUAUUCUGAAAGCAUUGACAAAACAAAACGAAAACUUAUCAAGUUUAGGUGUCUCCACUGCUGAACUUCCGAACUAUUCUGCGUCAGAGAUGGAGAAGCGCAAGCAUGAGUAUCUGCGAUUUGGUAAACGGAAGCAUGAAUACCUUCGAUUUGGUAAGAGGAAGCACGAAUACCUUCGCUUCGCGGUAACUCACGCUUUGCUAAAUGAUUACUGCGAAAAUAACUAUGCUAGAUUCACUAGGGCGAUUGACUGUCGUCGAUUAGAAUUUCUCUUUCACAAUUCAUUACUCACUGUUUUUGGUUAA